AUGGCCACCAUAAUAUCAUGGGCUGGACUGAUUGGCAUUGCCCAGGCAGCCGCAGGGAUCCGAUCCACUAUCAUAGAGCCCAGCGUCGUGAGAGCCGGACAACGAGUGAACUUCACAUGCAUCAUGGAAGACAACAUAGCCUUUGAAACGGGGGGCUGCGUGUGGUCUGGGCCCCGCCAACAGGUGGCGCCACGACUCGCGCCCUCCAGCUCGGGCAUCGUGGCCGUGGGCUCCUCGUCUGACCGCGGCACGUGCAGCUUCUACAUUGAGCAAGUGGAUGAGCGACUGCAUAAUGGCGACUGGGCCUGCAAUCCCAUAAUGGAGAAGAACGAGAACAUACCGAGUGACGAGCUGGUCUGGCUCAAUCUCACUGUGGCAGUGAAACCAAAUCCCCCUAGACCCACAAUGCACAUGGACUCUUACAUGCCAAUAACUGACACACGUUCCCAGAUCACAGUAAUUGAGGCCCAAGAACAGGAAGUUCGGAAUUUCACCUGCGUGAGCCGAGCAACGAGGCCAUGUCCGGCUUUUGAAUGGUAUUUCGCUUCUGAGAAUGACUUGCAUUUGGAGCCGAUCAUGCAAGACCAAGUGACUUGGACCAAGUUGCUUGACGACCCUCAAGGGGACAAGAAGUUGCCGCUCUAUGACUGUUACUCAACCAUAGUUUUGCAAAUGGACGCUGGAAUGAAUUCCAACAAACUGCGAUGCUAUGCGACUCAUGCUGCUCUUGAAGAAAACGAAUGCUCCACUGAGGCCAAGUGCAAUGUGAGAGGCUCUCCGAGAGUGCGUCAGUGCAACGACACCGUCACGGAUUCCUUCUCAAUCGUCGACUCGUUCAUCUGCGAUCAACAAUCGUUCCUGUUCCACACCGGCAAAACCGCAAGGGUUUCCAUAUUGUUCUCCUCGCACCCUGAGCCAACAGAAGUGCGUUGGAUCAUCCCGCAAUUGUCGCAGCCUCUCAUAGGUGUCGCGUCCUCCAAGGGCUACUCGUCUACGUGGGGCAAGGCCGACAUUGAUGACCCGCUGGGUUACUGGGAUCGUUCUGAUCUGUACUGGGCUAACCUUAGCAUCAAGGGAUACUCAACGCGGAAAGAAGGGGAUGGGUUUGCGUUAGAGGUGUCCAAUGGGUUCGAGGCUCCUCAAGGCGAACCCGACAGGAACUGGAAUAAUCAACAGCAGCAGCAGCAGCAGCAGAGGAUAAAUUUGGACCAAACGCUGUUGCCAGCUGAGAAACCCGGGGUUUCUCCGAGAAAUACUGCUUACAUGCGGUAUACUUUCAAAAUACAAAGUUUACCUGGAGCUAAAGAAGCCGGUUUAUCCGGAGGCGUCGUGGCAGCCGUCGUCCUCGCCUGCAUCUCAGCUGUCGUCAUUAUCGUCGUGCUCGUCAUCGCCAAAAGCAGGAACCUCUGGUGCUUCGGCCAAAAAUUCGCACCCAAUUCCAGCAUGGCCGACUAUUUGCGACACAGUUUCCGCAGCAUGAGCUGGCAGCGGAGCAAACAGCGCUACGACGGCGUCGUCAUCGACGACGAACCGGAUGCGAAAGAGCACCUUGAGCCGGAAGGAAGUACUGGCAAUGCCACGACGACGUCAGCAUCGACAUCAGCUGAAAGUGACGAGAAAAAAACGCAGAGGCCGACGCGUCCGCCUCCUCCUCCCCCUGACGACUUGUCGUCACUGGAAGAAGGUGUCGUGUGAUCGAGUCGACGGGCAACAAAAAGAAAAAAAGUGUCGAGAUGGAAAUGAGAGUGUGUGUGUGUGUGUAAACCUUGAAACAAUUGAAAGAUUCUACAGGGAAGCUUUGUUUGUAAAAUACUGUACCUUCGUUUAUUUUAAGUUUGAGCCAUAAAAAAUCGCUUUUACAAA